AUGCAAGAAGACGAACGGGCCAUCAGAGAGGAAAUUAGAAAGAGAUUGGGACAAAAUGCCAAUGUCAAGAUUCAUCGUUUACCGCCUUUUAAUAAGAAGUAUGCUUUAUACUUUCUUCUCCCACUUGUUACCUUGACAAUAUACCUCUCUACUUUAAAGGAAGACAAUUACUUAUCUUUCCAAGAUUUUAAAACUAGAUACUUAGAAAAAGGUUUAGUUACCAAAUUAAUUGUUAUAAACAAAUUUGGAGUGGAAGCUCAAUUAAUUCCUACUGCAGUUUCUGAUGAAACAUAUACUAACAAGAAUAAUGCGCCAGCUGUUGCAUUCACUAUUGGUUCUGUUGAAAUUUUUGAAGAGCAAAUGAAUCAAGUUCAAGAUAAAUUGGGAAUUCCAAUAAGUGAAAGAUUACCAAUAAGCUACGAAGAAAGAGGAUCAUGGUUGAAUUACAUUCUUCCAAUCUUACCAACCGUAUUAUUGCUAGGUGGUUUGUGGUAUAUUACUGUUAAGAGAGUGGGUUCAAAUGUUGGUGGUGCCGGUGGUGCCAAUGGUAUCUUUAAAAUUGGUAAAUCCAAAGCUAAAUUAUUUAAUCAAGAAACUGAUGUUAAGAUUAAAUUCAAGGAUGUUGCUGGCUGUUCUGAAUCUAAGGAAGAAAUCAUGGAAUUUGUUAAGUUUUUACAAAACCCUUCCAAAUAUGAAAAAUUGGGAGCUAAGAUUCCAAGAGGUGCUAUCUUGUCCGGUCCACCAGGUACAGGUAAAACUUUAUUGGCUAAAGCGACAGCUGGUGAAGCUGGUGUUCCUUUCCUUUCUGUAUCUGGUUCUGAAUUCGUAGAAAUGUUUGUUGGUGUUGGUGCUUCUCGUGUUCGUGAUUUGUUCAAAACUGCUCGUGAAAUGGCUCCUGCUAUUAUCUUUGUUGAUGAAAUUGAUGCCAUUGGUAAAGAAAGAGGUAAUGGUAAAGUUGCUGGUAAUGAUGAAAGAGAAAAUACGUUGAAUCAACUUUUAGUUGAAAUGGAUGGUUUUAGUUCCACCGAUCAUGUUGUGGUCUUGGCCGGUACUAAUCGUCCGGACGUGUUGGAUAAAGCUUUAUUAAGACCUGGAAGAUUUGACAGACAUAUUUCCAUUGAUACACCAGAUAUCGAAGGUCGUAAAGAGAUUUUCAAAGUCCACUUGAAUAAGUUAUCUUUGAAAUGUGACGAAGAUAUUAAGGCAUCUAAAAAAGAAAUUGAUUUCAAUCAAUAUCAAGAAUUAAAAUCUAACGCUGUUGAUCAAUUAGCAGGUAGGUUAAGUGCUCUUACUCCAGGGUUUGCGGGUGCUGAUAUCGCCAACUGUUGUAAUGAAGGUGCUUUAAUCGCUGCUAGAGAAAAUGCCAGCUCUGUUGAUAUUUAUCAUUUUGAACAAGCCAUUGAAAGAGUUAUCGCCGGUUUAGAGAAAAAGUCCAGAAUUUUAAGUCCAGAUGAAAAGAAGACUGUUGCAUAUCACGAAGCAGGACACGCUAUUUGUGGUUGGUUCUUGGAGUUUGCUGAUCCAUUGGUUAAGGUAUCCAUUAUUCCUAGAGGUCAGGGUGCCUUAGGGUAUGCUCAAUAUUUGCCAAAAGAUCAAUAUUUAGUCUCUAAGGAACAAUUCAUGCAUAGAAUGAUCAUGACUCUUGGUGGUAGAGUUAGCGAAGAAUUACACUUUGAAACAGUUACCAGUGGUGCAGCUGACGAUUUCAAAAAGAUUACCCAAAUGGCUCAACAGAUGGUUUUGAAGUUGGGUAUGUCAGAAAAGAUUGGUAGUUUGUAUUACGCAAGCGGAGGCGAAAACGGUGGAUUUCAAGUCCAUCACAAUUAUUCGGAACUGACUGCUAGGCUUAUCGAUGAAGAAAUCAAACGUUUCAUUGAUGAAGCUUAUGAAGCAUGUACCAAAUUAUUAACUGAAAAAAUCGAAUUGGUUGACAAAGUUGCCGAAGAAGUUUAUGCAAAAGAAGUUUUAACUAGAGAAGAUAUGAUCAGAUUGGUUGGACCAAGACCGUUCCCUGAAAGAAAUGACGCUUUUGACAAAUAUAUCAAAGGAACUGACGCAUUCAGAGGUAAAAAAGAUGAAGAUAAGCCAAAGACAGAUCAAGACGAAUCUUCUAAAGAAAAAACUGAAUAA